UCUCUCUCUCUCUACACUUGCAAAGUUGAUUUUUAGCGGCCGACCAAUUUCCAGCCCCGCCACCGAGCGCCUGCUGCCUCCUCUCUCGGCAAUAACCCGACUGCUAGCUUCUUUUGCAGCGAAAUAUAUGGCAAUGCCGGCAAUGCAAAGAAACCUAAAAGUUGUGUGAGUCGUAAUCUAGUUGCGGGGAAAUUGUUCUCGGCGCGGCUGGCUGGCAGGCAGGCGACAUUUUUGUCAUUCGCCUGCCCGCUUCUAGAUCGUAGUUGUUUCUUUCUCAUCCGCAAGCUGAGCGAAAUCAACAAGUGCGGCCCCCCGUGCUCCGCCGCCCUUUUUUCAUUAUUCGUCCGCCCGCUCAGCCGGCGAGUCUUGCCUCGCUUGUACUAUGGACUAGUCGGGCCUCGAGACGUCCGCCGCUACACACAAGCUCGCGAACGCCAAGCACUGCCACCGGCCGACCACGACUGUGCGACUUCUCCGAGCCGCCCUUUCACGCGCCAGGGUGAAUUUCCUCAGCUGCACCCCAUCCCCUUACAGUGUGUGCGGUGCUGCUGCUUUUGAUUUCGGCACCGAUCAGAGCCGCCGAGUGGUGCAACGACGACGCGGCUCAAACCGUGCAGCGAGCCGCCGCAUCUUUUUCGCUCAAGCAGGGGGUGCGUAGGCGGUAAGAUGGUGGACACGCAGCACUUCUGCCUCCGCUGGAAUAAUUACCAGAGCUCAAUCACUUCCGCGUUCGAGAAUCUGAGGGAUGACGAGGACUUCGUGGAUGUGACCCUUGCUUGCGAGGGCAAAAGCCUCAAGGCACACAGGGUUGUGCUUUCCGCGUGCAGCCCUUACUUCAGAGAACUGCUCAAGAGUACCCCAUGUGCACACCCUGUGAUCGUGCUGCAGGACGUGGCGUUCGCCGACCUGCACGCGCUCGUCGAGUUCAUCUACCACGGCGAGGUGAACGUGCACCAGCGCAGCCUCACCUCGUUCCUGAAGACGGCCGAGGUGCUCAGGGUGAGCGGCCUGACGCAGCAGGCCGAGGAGCGCGACGAGCUGGGGGUGGCGGGGGCCGGUAUCACCGCCCCACGCAACCUAGCCUACCCCGAGAAGCUGGAGGACACGCGCUUCCCGUCGCCGAUCACGGCCAGCCCGGUCGGCUCGGCCCUGGCGGCCAACGGCAACGGAGCGGCCGCGGCGCUGCUCAGGCGGCCGCCGCCCAUCCGCAGGGACUCGGAGCAGGCCGGCCUCGGCGGCGAAUAUGAUCUCUCCAUGCUGAGCAAGAGGGCCAAGCUUAACAACGACGAGGCCUCGCACAACAGCAGUGUGGUGGCCGCCGCCGCCGCAGCCACCAUGCUCCAGCAGGCUGCCGUCGUGGCCGCCGCUGCUGCAGCUAGUCAGCAAACCAGCCCGGAGGAUUUUUCUCCCAAAUCUCGGCGUGGUGGGCCCGAGAUGCAUGAGAACAACCACCAACACACCCCAGAUUUGGAUAGGAAAUCGCCCAAGAAUGACAUGCUGGCCAAGCAGGAGCUCUGCGAAGCUGUCGGGCCCAAUAUUGAUGUAGAUAAUGAUGACUCAAUGGAGGGCAAGGCGCCUUCGUCGGUCGCCUCCGACCAAGCAGAGACCGACGGCAGCACGCAAGGGGGACCACCGGGACACUUCAACAUGCAGGAAAAGUUGCACUCGUUAUUUUCAGCCUCCAGCCCCGGACAACCGUUCAACUUCAACCUACCUGUUAGUAGACAAGCUCUUUCAGAAGCUGCCAGCCUUUCAAGUCUUGCAAACGCAGCGGGACUAAACCAGAGCUUACCGGAGCUUGGUCUAUCACCAGGAGAGGUGAUUUCUUAUAAGGUGCCUCCCCCGACCAACAAUAUGAACGAGCCCCAAGAGUGCCCAUACUGUCGACGCAUGUUCAGUUGUUAUUACUCGUUGAAGCGACACUUCCAGGACCGCCACGAAAAGUCCAACACGCUGUACACGUGCGAGUUUUGCAGCCGCAGCUACCGCACCAAGAACAGCCUGACCACCCACAAGAGCCUCCAGCACCGCAGCACCAACGUCAUGCUCCGGCGGCUGCUCAAGACGGGCAUCAAGAGCCUGAUGGAGCUGCCCACGCCCCCCCAGCCCCAUCCGCAGCACCACCCCAACCCGCACCACCAGCAUCAUCACUCUUCGACAUCGUCAUCAACAGCAUCAUCUGCAGUCAUUCCCAAUUAGCAAAGUCUGAGAGUACAAAUAAUAUCAAAGUUCGGCACAAUUUUAAUGUUGCAUACACGCGGACAAAGUAUUUAACAAACACUCGCGUGCGUUGAUCAUUUUUUUUCUACUGCCAAGCGCUGCGUGUAAGCCGACACACAAAAUAUUUUACAUUUGCGCGGACGGCCGCGAGCCGGACGAGCAGUCCGCUGCGCCUCGGACUCGCGAGAUCCGUCUUCAAAACGACCACCGAGUCAAUUUUCGGCCAAAUUUUGCUGACCAACCACAAAAAUGUAUGCAAUUGCGCACGCAACAGCCUAAAUUUAAUUGCGCUUCAUUAGAGGCAAAGCCGUUCGCGAUCGCGUUGGACGGCCGAAGAAAGCGUUCGUUCAUACUCUCGUUUUCUGUUGUCGAAUAAAUUCUUGAUAGAUUGCGAUGCAAAAGGGAAAACUGAUUUUGAGAAGUGUUUCAGAGGCGAAAAAUAUUUGCGGAUUUUUGGUAUCAUGUCUGUGAUGUUUCUGUAAUAAUAUGUAAUUUUACGCAUGUACUUCCCAAGCGAAAAUUGCUGAAAAAGAAAUUAUGAUUGCACUGUCGUCCCCCUGAGACUAGCGGAAACUGGCGUCAUUCACACAUUGACACGCAUCUCGAUUGAGGAAGUGAAAAAGAAAUCGACUCAAAUGGGCUCAAAUUUAAGUAUACACAGAGAGAUGGAGUUAAUACUUAAAGACUUGAUCGAUAUGGUUAAAUAUUGUUAGAGGAAUAAAAUCCGCUCACACGCAGUGGACAAGUGAAAUAAACGCGCAACGGUCGAACAGCCGGCAUUAUAUAUUCGAUGGUGAAAAGUGGUGCGAAGGUUGGAAAUCCAGAUUUUGUCGCGAACGCAUGACGGAGGGAAGAAGCAGAAAGUUUUAGCUCUUAUUAUCUAUAUCAAGAAAAGUACGAAAGAAAAAUUACCACGCGUUCACGAAAGUACUCUUUUUAAGACUCAUUUCCGAAAUUUAUACAUCGCGAGGAGGGGAUACAAAAAUUUUUAAUUACAACUCAAGUACAAAGUGUAAAUGUUGGUGUAUCGUUCUUGGCUAUUACGAUUAUUAUUGCUUAUAAUUAACGAUGACACUUUUUCUCGAGCAAAUCUAGAGAUUCGAAUAUUCUGCUGUGUGUUUGUAUGCAAAAAGGAGACUAAAGAAAAGAUGAAUAUUUUAAAUGGCUCACUACCUUGAAAUAGAGGUGACAAAAAUUUAUUAUCGAAAAUGCUAGUGGUAUUUUGAAGAAGACGAGUUAGGCUUCGCACAUUACAGAAAUAUCCAUGUGAUUAUUAAUGAAUUUUGAGAAGAGAAGAUAUGAGAAAUUAAAAUUAAGACUUUAAAAUUCUCUAGAUGCCAAAUUUUAACACUUUAAAAACGUGGCCAGAGGUAUUAAGCUAAAAUUCCAUUUCUUGUUGACGUGUCAAAUUUAAUGUUCGAGGCGAAUCGCACACCUCUCUAAAUAUUAUAUCAUCUAGGCAAAAUUUACGACUUUCCCCUUCAGUCUUUUUCAAUGUGAUCGUAAAAAAGCAACGUGUUAUUUGAUAUAUUAUAUAAUAAUUUACGCGCGGAAAUUAAUCGUUUGGCUGUUCCCUAAAAAAAUUGUAGUGGAAUCUCUUUCUCACGCGUCGCUAUCGAAUUAUUAAGUGUCAGGAAAAUUCGGGAAUUAUAUGCAAAGUAUGAAUGAGUGAACCUCCUCUUGCUUACGAGACUGGGACAAAAAGCAGCUGGGAAUCGCGUUGUUGCUUCAAUUGUUUCAAUUUGACUGCUAAUUUUGCUGUGUUUUUCAUAGUCACUUUUCUAGAUUAUUGAUGUUUUUUGUGUUUUAAAGAUCACGCAUCAAAAUUACUCUUAAGAAAUCGAAAUUAGGAAGGAAUAAUCAAACAACUAUUUAAUUUAUUUGCGAAAAAGACUUAAUUUUGUGUGGAAUUUAUAGUGUUAUAUUUGACUUUUUGUAAUCGUUGUUGGUGUGCAAGGAGACUUUUGAAUUUUACACGCUUUGAGUUGCACACAGGAGGUGAUUUUCUGUUACACGCGUGUGUCGUUCGUUAUCUAUAUUAUUGUUGCGUUGGCAAAUCAACAUUAUUAUACAUUAAUAUCAUCGGCCCGAAGCUCACUCCUUUUAUAUUCUUUCGAAAACUAAUCUGAUCUCACUUUUGACUUUUAUUCCUUUUGCAAACGGGCAUUUUCCGCGUCCAGAACAAGCCUCUGUCGACUCACAAGCACGUGUUUAAUUUUCUUUCCGACCGCGCUGGAUUUGUUGGGAAGAGAGAGCUGAAUUCCUUCGACGAAAUGCAUACCAAAGAUUAGUAGAAAUCAUUCCCAAUGAUAUGAGUUAGAGGAAUUGAAAUUGCUCGGAAAAUUUGACUGACGAGAGAAAACUUCACUGUGUGUAUUUUUACGUUAACUUCUGAGUGGGUGUAAGACUAGAUAAUUUUUUAAGUUUGUAACUUUCCUCUUCAUCCGACGAAACUUUCGCUGAUAACUCCGACAACAAACAUACAUACAUCCGAAUUGUGUGCGUAAAUAAGUAAGAUAUUGUUAUGGGAACAGUUGCCAGGCCGGCGUGGUCGAUUUUGCGCUGGACCAACGAGUGGACCCGCAGCCCAAAAUACAUUCACAAGGGAGGCAGGGCGCGCGCCCACUUUCGUCCCCGCGCAAGACGCCGGCCGCCGAGUUAUAUAUUUCAGUUUAAAUACAUAUUACAUAGUUUGCGUUUAAAGUAACAAUUACUGUACAGACGAAACAAUAGGAACCCAGCAAAAAGCAGAAAAAAUAGCAGUGUAAGAAGAAGAAAAGUGAAACAUUGUGGUACAUACACACACACACACUAUAUCGAUAGUUUUUGUGGUAGUUUUAAUAACUCUGAUUGCUGAUAACGUUUAAGUUUGUCACACAUGCGAAACACAUUACUUGUUGCAAUGAUGUUAUACAAUUUUUGUUGACUGCUAAUCGAUCCACAACUGUACGAAGUAUGUCAUAAUAUUAAUAAGAGUAAGAGUUAUAUCAUCAAUUGUGUUACGAUGCAUCCAACCCAAGACACUCUCUCUCACACACACACACACACACACGUACACACUGACCGACCGACCGACCAAAUCUGAUUUCAAACGAGCUUGUCAGAAAUCGAGACAUAUUACGCGGUACAUAUCAAAAUCAGCAGAAUAUAUCACACCCACAUAUUAUUACAAUAUAUUGGCUAGCAACACUCAUCGGCUUUCGUUGCAAAUUCCACGGUUGAGUAAUUUUAAUUGAAGCAGAUAUAUUUACAACGAGAGACUCUCGGAAUGAAAGGAAAGCUUUGUUGAACAAAUCGAGAAGAAGUUAUUGUAAAGUGUAAGGCUCGCGAGGUGCGCAUUUUCGGGACGGGCGGCUGCAAUAAUUAUUUCCUGCGGUCGAAUUGCCGGCCUCCUCUCCCGAAUCGCGACUCGCGGAGUUUAACUUAAUAUCGUAUGCAGGCGCUAAUUGUAAGGAAAGAGACGGCUCUCGUUUUGCCACGCUGUAAUGUCUCCGGCUUGCUCUGUGUGAAUUAUAUUCUCGAUUUUAACGAAUUCGAAUGAUAAAAAGCCUGCUCUGGUUCACUGUUGUUAUUCAUAUUAGUGCAGAGAGAUCAGCUACAAUUGAGGACAUGCAAAUAUGUGUUUAUCUGAUAGGACGAUAUGUUAUGUAAAACUGUACGCGAUAUGAAAAUAGUAAUUGUAAAACACUACACACAACCACCAGUCAUGAUUUUCACACGAAAGCAGAAUUUAUAAACCACAAAUACACGCAUACGAAAUACAAAACCGACACACAUACAUGUAUAUGAAAAUAGAUAACACACACACUCAAACAACGUCGUUCCCCGCUCGUCGGUCGCGAUCGAGCCACACAAAAUGCUUGAUUGCGAUUGAAUUAUUAACACUCACGGCUACAUAUAUAUCACAGUUCGCAUCUUGCAGUGGUCCAAAUCACAAAUAAUGUAACACAAUCCACGAAAAACACACACUACAAAGAGUCGUAUCUUCCAUUUUGAAAAAUCGUUUCACGCGCGAUGUCGUUUUCAAGUAAAGCCACGCCAAGAUUUCUCUGAUGACACAAAACCUUUUGGAAAUAUUAAAAGUAAAACUUUUCGACCACAUUUUUGGAAAAUGUCCGUUUCGACCAAACGUUGCUAGAAAUACUUUUCACGUCUGUAGUUUCCCACUUGAACGUAUACAUUUCAAGCUUGUCGGAGCCGAAGGAAACGCAAAAUGUUGCAAAAAUAAUUCCCGGAAAUUGGCACGAACAAAAUUCGUUUUGGAUUUUCUCACGGUUCUGGCACAUCUAUCGCUCGAAGUCAUAUCAAAUUUUGUGAGAUUGUUUUAUUACAUUCAUCGCGAAAAACGACUCUGGGAUUUUACCUGUUAAUUGUGUGUUGCAAAAAUACUUCGGAAACACAUCACACUCCGCCGCGGAGGAAGUUAUUUUUGUAGAGCAAUCUUUGUAAAUAACACGCAGACUUACAUGGAAAAAAACAAAAAAUUGAUUGCCUUUUUUACACGCUCGUUAUUCUUCAGCGACAAAAAUUUUCAAACAAGUUUUCGGGUCACAAAAGGACAAUAUUCUAAUAAAAACAGUUCAAAAAUGGUUGUUUGAACUAUAAAAUGGUUCUGCAUUUCCGCGAGUUAAAUGGGAAAUCAUGAUAAAAUCCAACAUAUACUACACACGCUGUUUAGAGAUGCUUUUUUAUUUGAAAAAAAAACAACUACUUUUCUGUCCGCAUCAAAUGCAUGGAAUUUUACACUGAAAAUGACAGAUUCCACCAAAAAUUGGAGCUGGCUCAAAACAAAUAAGAUUCUGGCAUAAAAAUGCUACAAACUGUAAAACUACUGCAGCAUUACACUGUGAACACCAACUUUAACGGAAUUUGUAACAAUUAAUUAUUCUAACCUUGAUAGACUCACACACACACACACCACCCUUAAAACCCGUUUGUUACAGCAGAUGUAUAUUUAACAGAGAUGUUAGAAGGUAUAACAAUCACAGUAGCGACCCAUUCUUGAUAAUUGUUUACCGUAAUACAUACAUAUAUCUCUCACAAACACAGACCGUACAAAACCUUUGCUGGCAUUUGAACCAAUGUUUUUAUAGGCUUGGGGUUGAUUUUCCAAUUUUAGUGCUUUCUUCAUGAAUUACAUCGAAGCAAAUAUUUGAACAGUGAUUUAUAUAUUUGAAGAUUUAAUGUUAAAUUCACUACUUCCCACAGUAAUCAGUUGAGAUUUGAGAUACCAUCAAGGAACAUUUUUUUCAUGUCACUUUUGAAUGGAAAUAAGAGGCAGCCGAGCCAAGUUCUUAAUCUUAAUUCAUUACCUUUUGCAGCUAGAAAAUAAAGUUUAUUUUUAUAAUUCAGAUGUUUCCUCAUAUUUAUGCACAAUAUUUCAUCGCAUUUAAAGAAGCAAUCUUUUUAAGCCCCAAGCCUGACCGAUUUGAUUGCCCCCAUUCCGCGAGAGCUAUACGCGCGCGCACACACACACAUUGUCGUGAUAAUUUAAUGCUUUAAACCAUGCCUCAUUAGAAACACAGACAUUCACACGCAUAUAGACAAACACACACCACAAUACCUCAAACCCGCGUUGCAAUUAUUCACAAUAUUAAUUGGAACACAACACAUACACGCAAUUAUAAUACGCAUCAUAGUCUAGUGCCAAGGGUUACCCAGCAUCUUCUAUUAUAGCAAUAGUGCUUAAUUAUUUUUGCCACUGCGCAUUCACGAAAGUGGAAAUCGACUCACAAUUCAAUCAGAUUUUUAAAAUCUCAUCGCUUAAGGUUAGCUGCCGAUCAAGUGCUAAAAACAAGAUGAUUCAAUAAAAACAAUUGAAAAUACCAAGUAUUUAUAGCGCAGGGUAACCUGAAAUGUGAUUUUCAACAAAUCCAUCUAAUGGGCACACACGGGUGCUUUUGGAAAUAAAUAUAUAUUCGAUUUUGAGUUCCCAUUCUCAACUAACCGACACACUUACACACGCGCAAUACAGAGAGGUUCCCAUUCCAACUGUCACAUCAGAGUAAAAUAGUAGAUAUUAUUUUUAGUGACCACUUCGUUUCGCUAGUUUUUAAACCCCGUCGAGAAGCACAUCAACGCAGAGUGCUGCUUUCCUUAUUUGGUGUGGUUUUUGUAGCUUAUUUUGCCGUUUUUAUUCUACUCUACCCCCUGUUCGCACCCCAGCCGACCCCUUCUGCAGCAGAUAACAAGCAAAUACACCCGUAAUAUAUAUAAUGAUUGUUCUCCUCCAUAGAUUAUCAAGUUCUGUUUUUAAUCACACAAACGCAAACACGAAGUGACGUGACGGGAUUAUAUUAUUCAAGCGACGUACAGGCAAUUCAUGUACACCGUACUUCCAUCUUGAUAGAAUUCGUGUUAGAAAUAGAAUUCCUGUAAAAUAUUAAUAAAACUAUGUUCAUAUCA